AUGAAGAAAUCCAGUGCCACUUCUGGGCCAUCGAGCCAGAGCAGGUUCUUGGGAUCUGUUGGGACAAUGGGUGAUGCCCAAGGCUGCAUCACUACCUGUAACCCUGGAAGUGAUGUGAACAACAUGCCAAGCAGUGCCAAGGAGCCAGUCCAUGAGCUCAGGAGCAUGCCAGAUGGCUGUGCCCCAGACCCCCCAGCAGCAACUGGAGUGGAACCUGGCAAGCAUGCAGCAGCAAGCGAUGGCUUCAUGAAGCCAUGGUCACCUGCACAAAAUCAGAACCAUUGGCCUGCCUGGAUGCAUGAUGAACCUGAAAUUAAUACUAACAUUGAAAAUGAACCAAAGAAGAUGUGGUCAGACCUCAUUCAGGAUGAAGAGGCACUGAGAACAACAGUACCACAAUGGUUUGGAAAAAAGACACAACAGAAUUUUCUUAAGCACACUACAAGUUAUCCAGACUUUGUGGGUACAAAGUACCCUCUCCAGAUGCUUGUGGGCCAGCAGAGGCUGACAAUUGGCUGUGUCCCAUGGGCAAGCAGAGAUCAGCACCAUGUGACAAUCUGGGGCACAUAUGCUGGAGCAUGCCAUGGCCCUCCAGAGCACACUGCAGCACAUGUGCUGGAGAAAACCAUAGCAUUCCGGAGCACUCCAGAGCAUGCCAUGGCCCUCCAGGCCACUCCAAAGCAAAUGCUGGAGCAUGCCAUGGCCCUCCAGAGCACACUGCAGCACAUGUGCUGGCACAUGCCAUGGCCCUCCAUGUAUUUCAGAGCACUCCAGGGCAUACCAUGGCCCUCUGGGGUGAGCUGUGGCAUAUGUUCCAAAAUGAACUGUGGCAAGCCAGCCACUCCAGAGCAAAUGCUGGAGCAUGCCAUUGUCCUCUGGGAGCAAAUUCCAGAGCACACUGCAGCACAUGUGCCAGAGCAUACCAUAGCAUUCCAGAGCACUCCAGAGCAGGCCAUGGCCCUCCAGGAGCAUGCCAUGGCCCUCCAGGAUAAGCUGCAGCAUGCCAGCCACUCCAGAGCAAAUUCCAGAGUAAACUGCAGCACAUGUGCCAGAGCAUUCCAUGGCCCUCCAGAGCACACUGCAGCACAUGUGCUGGAGCAUACCAUAGCAUUCCAGAGCACUCCAGAGCAGGCCAUGGCCCUCCAGAAUAAGCUGCAGCUUAUGUUCCAAACCAAACUGUGGCAUGGCAGACACUCUGGAGCAAAUUCUGGAGCAAACUGCAGCUCAUAUGCCAGAGCAUACCCAUAG